AUGCAUAAACUAUGCCAGACCUAUGACGCUCUCACUGUGAAUACUGAAUGCACGGUUGAGAUAUACGGUACAAUAAAGGAAGUUCCGGAAGGUAAAGAGGCACCGAAUGGGCAUGAGUUAAUAGUUGAUUUCUGGAAAAUAAUAGGAAACGCACCUCCUGGAGGCAUUGAUAAUGUGUUAAACGAAGAAGCAAGUGUCGACAAAAUGUUGGACAAUAGACAUUUGGUUAUUCGAGGUGAAAAUGCUGCUGCAUUGCUACGUUUGAGAGCAGUUGCUACUCGAGCAAUGCGGAAACAUUUCUAUAAUGCUGGCUAUGUGGAAGUUGCACCACCAACUUUAGUGCAAACGCAGGUAGAAGGUGGAUCAACGUUAUUUAAUCUGGACUAUUUUGGUGAACAGUCUUUUCUUAAUCGUCACAGCUCUAUUUAG